AUGAAACUUGUUCUUUUAAUCUGUCUAUUGGCUAAUUACAAUUGCGCUAAACAUUCAUGGAUAAUAAGAUUAUAUAGUUUGAAGGAGAAAUGGUGUCCUACAUAUAACAAAGAUUGGUUUUCUGGGAGUGUUUUGUCUUCUCAAAGGAGUGAGACUACAAAUCAUUCUAUUUCUAGGAGGUUGCAUAAAACCAAUGGUUUAUGUGAUUUUUAUAAGUGUUUUUUGGAUGUUAUUGACGAGUGGAGAAGUAAGGAGAACAAAGGAUAUUAUAAUUCUUCUACUGGUAAUAAAUAUUAUGCAUGUUCGGAUAACAUGUUAUGUAUGCAUGCCCGGGAUGUGUACACCAUAGCAAUGUAUUUGAUAUUUGAGCAACGAUUCAUCAAAGCUGUUGGUUUGAGGAGUGAACGGAUUCGUUUUGAGUAUCCAGUUUCUGAGUAUAUUGUUGGUCAUCCUAAAAAGGAUUUCAUUAGACACAAUGUCAGAUUUAAUGAGUUAGACAUGGUUGUUGAUUGUACUUGCAAGUCUUUUGGAGAAAUAGGCAUUCUUUGUUCUCAUAUCCUUCGAGUUUUUAUUGUCCAUAAUGUUGAAAGGUUUCCCAUUCGAUACAUUAUGAAGAGAUGGACCAAAUAG